AUUAAGUCCAAAUCUUUCUUAAGGUUACUAAGGGAUUUCUCCAUAAUUUUAGGAGAAAUCCCAAAAGACACACAUUUUUGAAGAGAACAGGUAAGCAUGGGAGAAUUUUAAAUCUUUUGUUUUGUAAGAUGCAUUUCUUCAUGUACAACAUUUUGUAUUUUUGUUUGACCAGAGACAACAGUCAGAUCAUUCCCAUAUUUAGGGAACUGCAAUGGAUAAAAAAGACAAUUGCAUUAGGGAAUGUGAAGUGGCUGAGAACCUAUGAAAAACUAAAGACAUUUCUUUACAGUGACUAGUGAGGAAGCAGGAAUCGAUAAACUUGUUCUGUUUGGUACAAUAUUCAGUGCAUUGCAAGAGAUUAUGUUCAGCACAGGAAAUAUUAAUUUAAUUAUUAUUCUGUAUUGUUUCAAAAAAUUAAAUCUCAUGAGAUACUAUGAAAAAGUGAAAAGUAUACAAAGGAAAGUAUAGUAAAUAUAGUAAAUAUAGUAAAUAAAUUUCUCCAUGAACAUUCAACACAUUUAAUCUAUACUGCUUGGAAACAUGGAUGAUCAAAAAAUCUUAAAAUAAUUAAUACAAUAAGCAUUAUUAUUUUUAUUGCACUGACAUUUCCCUUCUCUUCUCAAGUAUUCUCUCGAUAUCUUUAGAAAAGGAUUUUGUUUGAAAAUCACUGUGUAAACUGAUUUAAGAACAAUGGUUUGAUGUAAUGGGAAGUUGGUUUUAAGAGAGUUUUACAUAUUAUUUUACAUUUUAUUCAUUUUGAAUUGUUGAUUACAUACUGUACUGUCGCCUGAGUUUUAAAUUUCAUAAUGAUAAGAACUAAUGAAUUGAAGUCAGGGGGUUAUUUCAAUUUGAACUCUUGUAACAAAACAAAAAGAGGCAUCUGAUUAGAGUUUAUCUUAGGGUAAAAUGCUAAACAUCAAUUGAAAUUUUUAAAUAAACUUAAUUUUGAAAUUAAGGAAUACAAAACUUAUAAUGUAUAAAACUUAUGAAUUGCCAAACAAUCAAAGAUUUUGCUGUUCCCAUUUAGUUUGAAUCCACUACAUUCUGUUUAAUAUUACUUAUGCUGCAAAACAUCAGGGAUAAAAGAUCAAGCACCACGAACUUGAAUUAUUAAAUGACAGAAUAAAUGAAUAUUCAUUUUUUUCUGUAGUGUGUGAAGUGAUAUGAUACAACAAAGGGUUUUGAGCAUAUGCAGAGUAUAAGAUAUAUCUACAUGUACAAAAAAUUAUACAACAAAAUCCUGGAGCAUUCCUGCACUGGCCCAGCCCUAGAUUCUGCAGAGCAGUUCAGUGGUGAAGUGGUGGGAAUGGAGUCCAGAUUAUUCAGCUGCAGUGGCAGGGAUGGCACGGGCUCAAUCUAUCCCCAUUUCCCGUGCUUCAGAACAAAGAGGACAGUGGCAUUUGGCCAUGAAGACAGUGGAGUGGUUCAGAUUGGACCCGGUCCAGCUAUCCAUACUCCAUCCAAAGUGCAAGGCCGCUCUGGGAUUUCAUUGAAGCAUUCCCCAAUUUCUCCUAAUGCAAGAUAAAAAUGGGUUAUUUGAAUACCCUGAAAUACAAUCCAUGGAUAUCAUCUGGAUAUCCAGGAGCCAUUUCCGGUCCAAUGCAAGGUAUAGAGCCUAUAUAGAGAAGCCCUAGCUGUCAGGUGAAGGAGAAGCGGAAAGCAGCAAAAUACUGUGCAUGUUCUGAGUAAAAUGGAUACUCAGAACAUGCACAGUACUUUGCUGCUUUCAUUUCCAAGCAGAGAAACUUAACCUCCUCUCCAUAGGUGAUUUCAGGAUGGUAUAGAUAGCGAUCAGUAAUUUGGGACAAUCAAGACUGUAUACUUUCAAAAAGAUUAUUGGCUGAUCUGAAAUUUGGAUGGCUUGUUUUUUGACUGACCGCUUGAUUUGACUUUAGUUACACUAACCCCUGUUUUUUUCAUACAUAUAUGCUCCCAUUUUAGUAGUAUAAAAGAACAAGGUUUAUGGCAGUGUAUGUAAUGAUUUUAGUAGUAAAUCAACAAUGUUUAUGGUAGGACAUGUAAUGAGGAAGGAGCUCAUGUAAGUUUUACGGGAUCACCCUUCUAUAAGGAAGUCAACACGAGGCUAACACCAAUCAAGAAGAAUCAGCAUCUGGCCAGGAAACUGAGAUGGAACCAGGAUGGAAGACGUCUAUCAUUACUUUACAACUUUGGGACUACAUCAGCAGAAUAUUUCUAUAAAAGACUCAACCUAAUAAUUCUCAAAUUGUGGCAGAACACAGGAACCUGUUCCAGCCGCCUCUCUGUCCAUGGGAAGGACAGAGGUGGUGUAUUCAGAGAGUGUUAGAUAUGCUAUGGAAAAGCAUGAUUCUGGUCACUUGGACCUUCUUUCUCAAGGAAGGAAGAAGUGGGCUUUUGGAGUCUUGGAUUUUGUGCAGGGAGUCAGCCUCUGCUGUAUAGAAAACAGAGAUCUGGUCAUGGCAUUGUGCUUAGGGAAAUAAGUUUUGAAGUUAUAGAGGUUUUGGAACUGUGUGUUGGCAGGGUGAAGAUAAGUAGGGUCUGGUCUAAUGGGUUUCUCCAAAGAGGGAGAAAAGGAUAUGGUAAUAUUUGGAUGCACGUACAUGUGUGUGAAUGGUGACUGAAAAUGUAACUCCCCUGUGUUUGUUUGUUAGCCAAUGUAACUGCAAGUUGUUUGUGAAUCCAAUGUAGUUGCAUAUAAUCUGUAUGUCUAUAUGUCUAAUGUCGUUCUUUGUGUAAAAAGGUAAAACACAUAUAUAUGCUUUAAAGUUAUUGGAAAAUUAUUCAUGAGAGUUGCACCGGGAAUAAUAGGUAGUUGACACUCCCCCCCCCCCCCAUGAGAUGGGGACUCAGGUGAAUUGGACGAUCCUGGGUGUGGGGCGAUGGGUUCCACACGCCCCCUGAUGGGCACUGCCAGAAUUGCAAUGAUGCGUGGUGAUUCCGAUGGUCUUUGUGAUGAGGUCAUAAGUUGUUUCAGAGCCUUGGAAAAAGAAAUGAGGAGGGAAUGAGGAGGAGGCUAUUACAACACACAAGUAGAAGAAACUGAGCUGGAACUGCAGGUUAAAUGAAGUGGUUCAUAGGUCCAACUCCUCCUUUUCUCUUCAUACCACAAAAUGCCUGUUUUGCAAAGGGAGGGAGGCAAAACAGAAACACGAGGCACCCUAGCCUUCUGGCUAGACCCUCUUUUUCACUUCCUGAAGACAGUGUGGCCUUGUGAAUGUUCAAACAGUUGGGAGAAGGUUGCAGCAAAGCAAGUUUGCAAAUAACCAGAAUUGGUAGUGCAAAACCUGUUAAAAGUGUAUUCUGUAUUCCUAACAGUCUUUUAGAAAAUUCUUCAAAUUAAAUUUUUAAAAUCAAUUGAUCAAAGUCUAAGGAAUCAGUAAUCCAUGUGAUAACUUCAAAAUGUUUAAUUCUUCAAAUAGUUGCUUUUAAUAUAUUAAAUAAAAAAUAAUCAUGCAAAAACAUUGCCAAAAAGUUGUGCAACUAUUUCAAAUAGUCCAAAGAAUUGAUAUUCAAAAUGCAGAGAAAGAGAGAGAAGAAAAGAGAAACUGUGAGGGAGAGCAGUUUCCAAUUCCAAGUUUUCAAUUCAGCUCCUGAUCCAAUUCUUAACAAAGCAGGAAGAGAGAAAGCAUUCAAAAAUGAAAGUAAAAUAUCACUGUGUCAAUACACCAGCAGGUGGCAUUGCUCACCAGAAUAUUUAAAAAUACUGAGCUUGCUUCCUGGAGCUCAAUCCACUUUUAUCCGGCUUCGAUAAACUUGCUAUUAAAAAUAAGGCCUUUCUCUUCAUACAAGUAUGGAGCCAUCAGAGAAAUAUCUGUUCAAACACAAAGGAUCCUAUUUUGUUCAAAGUCUGGCUACCCCAGAAUACAUUGAUUCAUUGCGGGAUUUUGAAAUCAGAGACAGUGAUGUGUUUAUAAUCUCUUAUCCAAAAUCAGGCACCAUGUGGACACAGCAUAUUUUGAGCAUGAUCUAUCAUGAAGGUCAUCGAAAUGGAACUGAAAGCAUGGACCUCUUGGACAGAGCUCCAUGGCUGGAAUAUAAGGUCCGCGAUAUUGAUUAUGUCAAUCGUCCAUCACCUCGUCUCUUUACUACCCACAUGCGCUCCCAAUUUGUGCCAAAGGGUCUAAGUAAUGGGAGAACCAAGAUUAUUUAUGUGAUGAGAAACCCAAAGGAUGUUUUGGUGUCCUACUAUCAUUACUCCAAAGUUUCUGUCCAACUUGAAGAAAUAGGAGACUUUGACAUGUUCAUGGAGAGGUUUCUAACUGGUAAAAUGCUAGGUGAUUUAUGGUUAGACCACAUAGAAGACUGGUAUGCUCAGAAGGACAACUUCAAUAUUCUGUUUCUCGUUUAUGAAGACAUGAAAAAGGAUCUGAGAAGUGCCAUUCUGAAAAUUUGCAACUUCCUGGGAAAGAGUUUGAAUGAAGAGCAGGUGGAUGAUAUUAUGGCUAAGGCUUCAUUUGACAAAAUGAGGGCAGAUCCUAGAACAAAUGCUGAGAACCUACCAUCUGAUGUGUUAGAUCACAGCAAAGGACGUUUCCUCCGCAAAGGUACUAUUGGAGACUGGAAAAACACAAUGACGGUGGCCCAGAGUGAAAGGUUUGACAGUGUUUUCAAGGAACGGAUGGAAAAGCUGCCCUUCAAGUUCUGCUGGGAUAUCAACGAUGAAUUAUGACUCAAGAUGAAUGAGCCUUCCUCAUUUCCGUUGUCUGCUUUUAAUUUGGUUCCAUAAUUGUGCCACCGUGUUUCAAAAUCAAUUUGGAAAAUUGUGGGGGUCAGGAUAUCUUUAUCCACAUUUCUCAGAAUGCCUUGAUUUUCCUUACUGAGGCUAGGUGAUGAUUUAGAAUUGGGGUGCGAGACAUCUGUGUCCCACAUUUGGUAAUCCUUGAUAUGCACAAUUUAUUAUGUAUUUCUUGUUUUGAUCAGAGAAUUGUAUUACAAUGUUCAGAAAAUUGCAAACCAUGAAUUGAUAAUCACACUAAGGAUUGUUUAUUGUUUACAAGAUGUGAAUAGAAUUGGAUUCUAUGUAAAAGGUGAAAUAAGGGAAUAAUAUCAUAAUAUGAAGAUGAUGAUGAUGACUUUAUUUAUAACCCACCCUCUCUCCCCGAAGGGAUUUAGGAUGAUUACUAAUCAGCAAUGAGGAGGCAAUCCCUCCAAUUAAGCUGGAAUUGAUUAAAUUUAAAUGUUAUAUUUGGUAUAAUGGUCAGUGCACUACAAGAUAAUUACAAAGAAAAACAGAUAAAUUGUAUUAUAUAUUCUAUAUUGUUUGAAAAAUGUAAAUUUCAAUGUCAAAAUGAAAUUUCUUCAGCAACACUAGUCAGUGAGCCAAUGCCGACCUAAAAAGAAAAGUAUUUACAAAGAUAAUUGUUAGAAUUAUCUGUUUAUAUAACUGUAGCUGCCUAAAUGCAAUAACUUAAAAGAUGAAAUAUUUUGUUAUUUUAUUUUAUUAUUUUAUUAUAAAAUAAAAUAAUAUUUUAUUUUAUUGUUA